AUGCCGGGUUUUGCUAAGUACUUGAAGGACUUAAUCACUAAGAAGAAAAUCACCAAGAAUGAAGUGGUUAAUGCGACACACCAGAUUAGCUCCAUCAUUGCAACAACCACCAUUCAAAAUAAAGAAGACCCGGGAGCUUUUAUCAUUCCAUGCACUAUUGGGUUGCGCGAUCUUGCCCGAGCUCUUUGUGAUAAUGGGGCUAGCAUCAACUUAAUUCCUCUUGCUAUUUACAAGCAAGCGGGGUUAGGGAUGCCGAGGCCUACAAGUAUGAGGUUGCAAAUGGCCGAUCGUUCAAUAAAGAGACUGGUGGGGAUUAUUGAUGAUGUUCUUCUUAUGAAAGUGGGAAAGUUCCUCCUCCCUGCCGACUUCGUGAUCCUUGAUUGUGCUGUUGAUAAAGAAAUCUCCAUCAUCUUGGGGAGACCAUUCCUUGAUACCGGAAGAGCACUCAUGGAUUUGGAACGAAAUGAGAUCAAGUUCCGAGUUAAUAACGAAGAGGUUACCUUUCAAACGAGUAAGGAUAUGAAAUUGCCACAUGCAUAUGAAAGCAUCUCAGUCAUUGAUAUUGUUGAUGAGGUAGAGGACGCAAUCGAGAUAAAGAUGGAAGAAGAAUGCCUCGGUGAAGCAUUGGCGGUUAUUUUGGUGAAUUUUGAUGGUGAAGACAUGGAAGGAUACAUGGAAUCGGUAAAUGCAUUAGAAGGGCUUGGGUCCUACACUUAUGCACCAAAGAAACUUUCUCUUGACUUAUAUAAUAGAGUCACACCUCCCGAUAAGCCUUCAAUUAUCGAGCCGCCACAACUUGAGCUCAAGCCACUUCCACCGCACUUAAGGUAUAAAUUUCUUGGCUCUAAUAAAACUCUACCUGUAAUUGUUUCUUCUUUGUUAAAUGAUGUGCAGGUUGAAUACUUGUUGAAUAUCCUGAGGGAGCACAGACAAGCUAUUGGGUAG